AUGGUUUUUCCAUUUUCCAUGAAACCGGUGCUUCUUUCUGUGGCUCUCCUGCUCUUCAAACUUCAAGGUUUUGAAAUUGUCUCAUUAGAACUUUUGGAGAAAUUCAGAAGCGAUUCCAUCGCCAUAUUUCGUUGUCAUCCUUUCGUAUGACCCGAGUUUGCAACCGGGACAGAACGAUUCGGGAAUCGAGGAUUGCAGAGUCAAGUGCGACGCCGCGCCAAAUUGCUUUGUUAGUUUCGUUUUUGAAAGGCUGAGGUGACUUUUUUUGAGCCAAAAGUCCAUAUAUAGCCUGUUCACCACGAAAUGGAAUUUCACCAAACGACAUUCCGCUGUGCCGUUGCGCGCCUUUGCGAACCUUGGUCACGCUUUUAAUCUUUUUUUUCCUUUUUUAUCAAGCUUCUCUACUUUCCUGUGCUCUCACAGCAGAAAAAAUCAAUUGAGAGCGUGACCUAGAUUCGAAAGACGCUUCGCGAACGCACGCAGCGGAACAGCGGAAUGUCGUUCCGUGAAAUUUCAAGUCGUGGCACACAGACUAUAGCGUUUUUCUAUAAAUUUUAUUGAUUGUAAAAAAAAUCCUUCCCAGGGAUUCAGUUGGUAUGAACCAAGUCAUUACUGCUACUACGCUCAAAGCAAUCUCAACGCAAAAUUUCGUCCAAGGAACACGACAAACCCAGAAAUGA